UAGAGGGGAAACUUUGCCCACGCUGGGCCAGGCGCCACGGAAACAAAUGAAGAGUGACACGGGCGCUGAGGAGCCUCCUGGAGUGCACGCACACACACACACACACACACACACGGGUCUAAGUGUUCGAGCCCGAGGUCAUGCUGCAUGCAUUUGCCGAGAUGCAAUGGAGACAAAAAUGGGGUGAUUGGGAGCAGAGUAAACACUCGCCUUUACACGUUACACAUAAACUAUCACAUGAAAUUGGGGGACAAUUGAGGGGACAAUUGAGGUUUUUUAAAAAAUGCCAAAUUCCCAAAACAAAUCAUUUACAAUUUAAUCAAAUUGCACCUCUUUUUUUUUUUUUUUUUUUUGAUGGGCAUUGGACCCGUGAGGAUUGGCGGUAUAUUUCUAUUCCGACGUGUUUGUGGAAGACUUGUCAUACAUGAAUAGAGAGUUAGUGUGAGGGACAUCCAAGAGCGUGUGCUCCGGUGUCAACAUGCCCCGGCCGGCGUCUGCUUUUUCCAUUUCCCAUUUCCCCUCAUCGGCGACGGCGAGGUUGCGACGACCACAGGGGAGACGUGAACAAGCAACCCUACAGCGAAUAAAUAUUAAUGCAUCCUAUCUUGCUCUAGUUCUCAUAUAUUUCAAGCCUUCCAUACUGAUUGGGUCAAUUUUAGCUGUCAUGAAAAAUAACGUGAAUCUUUCACUGUGAAUUUUGAUGACUUUUCUUGAAUUGGCCAAUAUUUAUGAUUCUUUUGUACAGGUGCUACUUGAUUUUGAAAAUAUGCAGCGCUCUUAAAAUUCAACGAAAAGCUUUCCAAACGGUGAACCGCGACUUAGCGGGUGAACGCCGUUUCCUAUCGUCCAUCUGGCGCACCCCCUAACGGGCAUGAUGGGGUACGAGGGCCCGUUCAUCACCGCUUGCCGAGCUCGGCAUUGACAGGUUGAGGUGCCGACUGUUAUGGGGCAAACAACAGAUGACUGGAGGGAAGGCCAAUUAAUUACAAGGUUUUUAAUGACCGGACUUACCGGGGCCAAGCGUGCGCAUCGGGGAGGUUGUCAUGGCAACCGUUCCAAGUUUGCUUUUUCAACGCGUUACAAAUGGGCAACGCUCGGUCUCGGGCCGUUAUGUUAAAUAUCACGACUCGCUAAAUACGCCGAGCUGUAAUUAAGUACGCGCCGAGUCGCUCUCUUGUUAUCGCAGCUCGGUAGAAAGAUUCGGCGUGAAAUGAAAAAAGAGCGGCGCUCGUGUUGGGGAAAUUAUUAUCACGGAAUAAUGCAUGAACGUUAUCUCUCCUGAGAAUCGGCGGAUACAGCGGGCCCUCGGCGUUAAGCGUCCCCUCAGGGUAACAGCUGGAGGUCGUGCAAAGGGCUUGUUUUGCCCGUAAAUCAGUGAUUAACUCUUAACUGCUCCCAAACAAUAAGGUAUCCGCUCUAAUCUGGAGAGGAGGGGGUGUAGGAUUCAAGUGUGACCACGGGAAAAAGAUUAGCCUGUUUUUAAGAGGCAGAAAGCAUGGCAAGGGUUUGUUCAGGGGGAGGAAUAAAAGCUUAUGAAAGACUAUUUACAUACCACCGCCAACAAAAGUGCUGAAUAUUUCCACAUUCGUGUUUGCAUAACUUGGAAACGUGGCCACAAUGCACGGCGGUGGUGAAAAGUUGAUUGCACGGAGGGAUGAAAUCGGGAUUAUGGGAAAGUGUGCAACGGACACCAAUUAAGUGACAUCAUAAAUUUGUUUCGGAAUACUCUUUAACGUGUUCGACUGUUUAUUCCGUUAAAGAAACAACUAAAAAAAAAAAAAGUGCGUGGGGAAUUACAUUGCUUUAAUUAUUUCAUUUUUAGGGAUGAGAUGACCCCGUAAUGAGAGCAACUUCUAUAGAAGGAGCGAUUAAAUACCUCCUUUAAAUCUUAUCUACCUCAAUCAUUGUGGUGAGGGGGCGGCAUGGCGAGGUCAAAUAAUUAAGAAUUUGUCAGCGCUGCAUGAUGUCGUCCGCUAUUGCUUGUUUUUCCACACUGUUGUUUUCCCCCGCCUGUGACGCAGCGUGCGGUCGGCGGGUUCCUGGGUGAUCAAGGUCGGGCUGUUAAUUAUCUUUGCGUGCCAUUUCUUUACCUGACAACGCUUGAUGGUUGCUCAGGGGGACCUUGGCUUUCUAUUGCUUGUUUUUGUUGCUUAUCUUUAAUUGAUGCGCAGAAAAUAUGAGCAAAAAACAUUACAGUGUUAUUUAUCUAAGGGUGGACUGAGUGAAAAGCUGCCAAAUAGUGAGACACACAUUUGAAUUUAUUGCAACACUUCGAAAUGGAUCAAAGCUAACUUCUGUGUUAGCAUCCCACCCACUGCUGGGGUGAUAAAUAUGUGCGUGCAGCAUGGGGGGGGGGGGCUGUGCCUAUUAACUAAUGAGGUUUCCAUAGUAGCGCAGCCAUGCAGCCACGGUGGGAAGUGCAGCUGUGUUGUGUCUGGGCGGCUCUGACAUGGCUCUAAUCUCUGCCCUAACAAAACCAGACGCCCUGCUCCUCACACACACACACACACACACGGCGACAUUUUCACAGAGAACCACGUCUUGAUUUUCUUCUCGCUAAAUUAGCCAUGUCUUAUAAUUGGCCAGCAUUAUCCAGCAUGGAAAAUAAGAGCACUUUUCUGCAAUUAGGCUUUAAAUGCAUCAUUGGGCGUCCAAUCAUCAUCCCAUGUGAACAGUUUUAUCCCUUACGUUCAUAAAUAUUAAAUUAUUUGCCAAAGGCUAUAAAUGUUUUUGGCAUCUGACGCGGAUUAUCACACAAGCAUGACUCUAUUUAUCAUCAAUAAAAUAUUACUUUAAUCCUAACCCUAAGGAUGAUUAAAAAAAAAAAAGGAUUAUUUAUACCUUAAGGAUUCUCUGUAAUGGAAUAUUUGAACCUCAACGAUUAUAUAACGCCUAAACUGAAAGCGUGACACUCCCUCAGGUUGUGCAAUUUUCAAUACAACCAUUCAAACAAAUACAAAAGUUCAGAAGACAAUGACUAAAUUAAGUUUGUUAAGAAAAUAUAGACUUGAACUAUAGGGCAAAAGUUCAUCUUCAGACCUCAAGAGAAUGAAACAUCAUUCCGAUGACAAAGCUGCAUUCAAAACCCAACUCCAAGUUUCCCAAUGACAACAAUGACCUCUAUUUUUAAUUUUUCCUACGGGUCAAGAGGCAACCAGCGAUCCGAAAUGGAUCGUCCAGAGAGAUUGCGCGAAUCACCCUCGGCGGCUUCCCGAUACCCGUCCCCCGCCGAGCUGGAUGCCUUUGCCAAGAAGACCGCCAGCAGCCCGCUGUGCAUCAAGAUCUUUCCCUCGGACAUCCGGGUGCCGCAACACAAACAGCUGAGCAAGACGGUGAACGGCUUGGACACCACGGGCCAGAGCUAUAGUCCCUACUCGCAACCCUACUCCGGAGGCUACCGGGGCUUGUUGGCCAUCGGCAAGGCGGCAGCGGUUAAGGGCGUGCUGAAAAACUCAGAAGGGAAAAGGACCAAACAAGCGCACAGCCAGGCUUGUCUGACGCCGUAUAAAAAUCCAGUGAAUGGUGGAUUUGCCAUCAGGCCGGGGCAUAAGGCCUAUCACGUAAACUCGUGUAAGCCCGAUGUUCCCGCGGAGACGCUUUGUUCUCGCGGAGAUCACGGCUUGCUCCCUCGCUCUGAGCUGGCGGAGGUUCAGAGCCUGAUGAGGCAGCUGAACAGAGUCACCAGGGCAGGGGGCGAGGCGAGGCCCAGCCCCUCCCUGCAGGCGGUGGCGGCCGUGGCUCACUCGGAUUUUGGCGCCGGCAUCCCCCCGACGCAAAGUAGCAUGGCAUUCGGCGGGGCGGUGGUCCCCACGCAGAGCGCCGCCCGCGUGGCCCGAGCCGACUACGCCGCGUGGCAGCACAGGCAUCAGGUGUACCAGCAGGGAGCCACCAGGAUGUACAACCUCGACUCCGGCGUUGCGCAAUCUCCCGAAAGCUGCCUGCCGCCUUUGGCGUCCUCUACGUACGGGGUACAUCAACCCAUGCAGGGUCACUUUUCGGUCAGACACUUCUUCACGCCGCUGUGGGACGGCCUCACCGCUACACCCAAUAGCGACUGCUACGCUUCUCAGGUGCCGGGCACCAUGGCGCCCCCGCAUCCCGGAUUCCACCACCAGACACAUUUCCACCCUCCCCCUCUUCCAGUUCCUGUUCACCCUCAGGUCUACGGCACAGAGCAAACCGCCUGCUGCGGGCCGCCGAGCUCAAGUCUGUGCCACGCCGCAGCACUCAGCAGAAGUCUGCAGUCUCUGGAGUGCCUCAUCAGUGAAAUCCAGCCGCCCUGCAUCAAAGAGCGCAUGCUGGGCCGCGGGUACGAGGCCGUCGGGACGCAGCAGAUGCUGGAGCAGCAGCAGCAGCAGCAGCCUCAUCAUUCUCAUCAUCCGCACGCCCACAUUCAACUUCCCGUCUACAGAUGAGAUGCGACGCGGCCGACAACGUUUGUACAGUGGUCGUCUAAGUCGGAGUUUGACCAAAAGAUUCAGGAAGUCACACAAAAAUGACCUCACUCUAAUUCACAACUAUAAAUGUUUUGAUUCGGGUGGAUUAAACCUUAAACUAUGACAAACUAUUAAACAACAGUUUUCAGUUUGCCAAGCGGCGUAAGAACAUGAGGUCACGAAAAAGUUUGAAUAUUAUCACUGCACUUAAAUAUGGGGGGGGGGGGAUAUUUAAAUAAUAAUUCAAAGUAUUGCACAUAAAAUUGAAAUGAUACCUAAUUAAACGCUUGAAAACAAACAAUAUUGAACUUAAAAGUUAAAUACAACUGAACUGUACUCGGGCAGGGCUUAUUUCGUAAACCACUGGAGGAGAAUAUUAGUCGUAUAUACAUUAAUCUAUUAUUUGACUUUUCCCCUGAAAGCUUUGGUUGAAUUCCGAGUUCCGAAGGCCCGCUGACUGUUCUCGGUUUUACGUGUCAAAGGACUCUGAAGGAAAACGAUAAUCAUGAGCCAGGAUGUUGAUUCCUCUGCCAUUAUAUCAUACUGACGUAGAGCGCCUACAGUGACCGUUGUCUGCCAUAAUAAUAAUAUAAUAAUAAUUAUAAACAAAGAGUUACUGUACUUGAAAUUGCUUGCCCACUCCCCAAGAAUCAUGAACACUCAGGCUUCUCCAAUAUGAUUCUCACUAUAUGGAGGCAUGGGGGUAAAGAUGUGAAUAUUUUUUUGUCUCAUGCAUUACUGAUGAUGAGUAAAGCUUUUAUCUAGAGUAUGAUAAAUAUUCUGUCACAUUUUUUAAAGUCUUAGUUGAUUUUAAUGUUGUCCGCCGCAGGUCAGGUUGAGCAGAAUGUGCUCUUCGAUUGUGUUUUGACCUGGAUUUUUAUUUGUUUCGGGGUCUUUUUUUAAGAGCCAAACAUUCACUGGACAUAUUGGGUGAACAGUUUAAUCCAACCCAAUAUCAAGAGCUGUAUUGGAAAUUCACUCUACUGAAAUUUGAAUGCUGCUCUUAUAUUGGAUCUCAUUAGACUGUUCAGGUGUACCUAAUAUUGUGGUUUCCUCUCUAUAACUGUAACGAUGAGGCAACUGCACACAAUCGCUGGUACUUGCUUGUGUGUCUGCGCUGCUUGUAUAAUAUUUAUUUAUAUUGAUUUGUAUGGGGGGGGGGGAGUGUGUCUAUCAUUAUUAAGUGCAAUUAUUAUAUCUACAGACAUUAUGAGGUAUGUUGUUGAAAUAUGUAUGUACAUUAUAACUUGUCCCUUUUUUGCCCUUUGCUUCCUCAUGAGGAUUGUCAAGUAAAUGACAUUUUUGUAGAUCCAAAUAAUUGUGGUUUUCCAUUCAUUAACUGACUUUAAUCUUAUUUUUUUUUCCCCAUGAGAAAAUUCUUUUGCUAGACUGACUAUAAAUAAUGCAAAUCCCAAA